AGAGAUAAAGGGGGCAGCGGGACCAGGCCUACCAGCCAUCUGCACUGCCCACACAAACCGCAGGGCCGAAUCCGGAGUGGCCCGAGGGCCACACAGCCCUGCCGAGUGUGCGGAUGCUUCUGUGACCUUGUGAAGGUGAUAGAAAAAGGCUGCUUGAAAAGCUGUCUAAGACACUUUGAGUAAGUAGUUACUUUUGAGAAACAGGGCCUGCUUGGAAUGUGUACUUGGUGGGAUUCUAUUGUUCGGAACACUUCUUUCUUCUGAGAUCCCCGACGGCUGUGGUGGGUGGCACAGGCAGGCCCUUCCUCUCCUAGUUAGGUCCUGGCAGCUCUGAGGCAGUGGUUUACACAACCAAGGCGAAACGCGUCUAGGAUCCACCCGAUUCCUCCCCUCAUUGAUAUUCAGGAGGCAGCUCUCCUUCCCCUGCCUUCAGUGCAAGUUUGCAGAGCUUUUGUUUCAUCUGUGAAUAGUUCUUGCUGGUAGUCCCUCGCCCGGAGACCAGUGCUCCCAGCAGCCGUGGCCGGGAGAUAAAGAACUGGUGACAGGUGGCUGUACACUCAGCACAGCAGUGGUGUCCCUGAGUGCCAUGACCCAGGAGCCAUUCAGAGAGGAGCUGGCCUAUGACCGGAUGCCCACGUUGGAGCGGGGCCGGCAAGACCCCACCAGCUACGCCCCGGAUGUGAAGCCAAAUGACCUGCAGCUGUCGAAGAGACUGCCCCCCUGCUUCAGCCACAAGAUGUGGGUCUUCUCCGUGUUGAUGGGGAGCUGCCUCCUCGUGACGUCGGGGUUUUCGCUGUACCUGGGGAACGUGUUCCCUGCCGAGAUGGAUUACUUGCGCUGUGCUGCAGGCUCGUGCAUCCCCUCAGCAAUUGUGAGCUUCACUGUCUCCAGGAGGAACGCCAACAUGAUUCCCAACUUUCAGAUAUUGUUUGUUUCCACAUUUGCUGUGACCACUACGUGUUUAAUUUGGUUUGGAUGCAAACUAGUCCUGAACCCAUCCGCAAUAAACAUCAACUUCAACCUCAUCCUGCUGCUCCUGCUGGAGCUGCUCAUGGCGGCCACAGUGAUCAUCUCUGCACGGUCCAGCGAGGAGUACUGCAAGAAGAAGAAGGCCUCCAUGGCUGACAGCGCCAACAUUUUGGAAGAAGUGCCGUUUCCUGCUCGGGUCCUGAAAUCUUAUUCAGUGGUUGAGGUGAUCGCUGGCAUCUCUGCUGUCCUCGGGGGGAUCAUUGCUCUGAACGUGGAUGACUCGGUCUCCGGUCCGCACCUCUCGGUGACGUUCUUUUGGAUCCUAGUGGCGUGCUUUCCAAGUGCCAUUGCCAGUCAUGUGACAGCAGAGUGUCCUAGCAAGUGUCUGGUGGAAGUGCUGAUUGCCAUAAGCAGCCUCACAUCUCCGCUGCUGUUCACAGCCUCUGGAUAUCUGUCGUUCAGCGUCAUGAGAAUCGUGGAGAUGUUUAAAGAUUACCCGCCAGCCAUAAAACCUUCCUAUGAUGUACUCCUGCUGCUGCUGCUGCUGGUGCUCCUGCUGCAGGCUGGCCUCAACACGGGCACCACCAUCCAGUGUGUGCGCUUCAAGGUCAGCACAAGGCUGCAGGGUGCGUCCUGGGACACCCCGACCUGCCCACAGGAACGCCUGGCUGGGGAGCAGGUGUCCAGGAGCCCCCUGAAGGAGUUUGACAAGGAGAAGGCCUGGAGAGCCGUCGUGGUGCAAAUGGCCCAGUGACCCCCAGAUAGGGAAACUGGGCAGCAGCGCCCAGCCUGGCCCCGAGCGCAGAACUGCAGAGCCCCUAAUUGCCCUGAACUGCUGCUUCUAACACCUCCCUUUCCCUUGUGUGAGGGCAGACCAGGCUGCAGGUGGGGUCUUCAACUCCUAGGGUAGUUUAAUUUUAAAAUAGGCCAAUGUUGGCUAUUCUGUGCCUCAGAUCAGUCAGUUCCAAACGGCUCCCAUGUCCUAAUAGCAGGAGCAUGGCUGCAGCUUCCCAGGCUGAGGAAGGGCCCUGGCUCAGCCUCUGAGAGUCCCCCUGAGCAGGCCCCAGCCCACCUCUCUUGUAGCUUGGGCUGGAGUGGACUCUCCCACUGUGGUCUCUGACUCUCCGGCCCACUCUGACCCGCUUCCUCCCUCCACUCUUAGUCUAUCCCAGGCGCUCAGUCAGCCUGGUGGGACCUUACCCACUUCCCUGCAAGGUGCACCUGCCUUAGGCUCAGCCUGCCCAGCAGCGCUUCCUGGACAGUGAGAGCAAGGCUGGGCACCGCUGUCCUGGCUGGAGAGCCUCGGGGGCCGCUCCUCCAGAGCCCAGGUGCAAGUGACACAGGCUGCCUUCGCUCUCCCAGGUGAAAUCCACACCGGCUUGCCCGCUGUCAUGGGCACCUGAUGCAGACCCCACCCCGUCUGCAGGACACCCCUGCCUCCGUCAGCUCCGAGGCCAGGGGCCAGGUGGGGUCAGCUCCUGGGAAUGGGGUGGGAGCUGCAGGGACAGCACGGGGAGAGCUGAUGUCUUCUUGGGGGCAGACGAGAGAGUUUCAGAGCCAGAAUGAGGCACCUGGGGAGUUUUUUACUGGCUCACACUUUCUUAUCUUAGAGAGCUUAACAAAUCCGGACAGAUGGGUUUAAAAGAACUGUCUCUUUCAAUCUACAUUUUUGUUUAAUACGCUUGAGCAAUAAACGCCGACUUGUAGA